CCAAAGCUCUUAAGGUCUUUAUUGGACCCCACUUCACCACUUCCAUAAAUUUUAAUCAUCUUUUUAGUUUUAAUAUAAGAAAAAAGUUUAAGCCUUAAAGUUAUACAAAGACAAAAAUCCUUUCAAUCUCUUCCUACCUAAUUUCCCAUGGAAGAUUUUCAGAGAUCAAAAUCUUAUGCCAAUGGCCAAAUGAUGCAGAUAGAAAGCUACUAUGGACCAUCUAAGCCUUAUGAUCUUAGAAGCUAUAGUUCUUCCUAUGUACAACAAACUCCUAAGGAUUUGAAGUUGAAGAAAGGUAAAAGCUUUUCAUCUGGCUCUUCUUUUUCAAAGUCUUUGAGUUUGUCUGAUCCUGAACUUCAGAGGAAGAAGAGGGUUGCUAGCUAUAAAAUGUAUUCUGUUGAAGGUAAAGUCAAAGGAUCUUUCAGAAAGAGUUUCAGAUGGCUUAAGAACAAGUACUCACAGGUGGUUUAUGGUUGGUAGAUAUUUAAUAUUUGUAACACUUUAAUUAUUUAAACUUUUCAAUUUUUCUAUCAACAAAUUAAGCUGAGUUGUGUUCUUUAGUAGAAUUGUAGAUAAAUCAUGAAUGGUUCAUCUUGAUUUUGUUAAGUCUUUUGUUUAUACAUAUGUCAUAAAGUUACUUAAUAAUUAGAUUAUCUUUCUAUUUCUUUGACUUGUGUAAUCUGUACCUCCAGAAUAAUCUUAUGAUUUCAUAGCCAUAAUUUGGUUAAAAACAAGACAACCAACCCAUGUAUGUAGUUUUUAACAAAAUUAGUGUUGCAAAAAUUAGCUUCACUAAUCACUAGUAAUGAUAUCUUAGCUUUUCUA